UCUCACAAACACCCCCCACACCUCGUUGUGUUGGUACGGUCGCCAGCUCUGUCAACUUGCCCACACUUCAAGGGCAGCUAGUUACCAGCGUGUCUACUGUGUCUACCCAUUCAACACUAUCAUGAACAUGCUGUGCAGAGUUGGGCUGAUGCGCAGGUGCGCAGCCAGCCUCAACCUAACUAUAAACCAGUUAGCUGCAUCAAGGCAGAAGCACACGCUUCCUGACCUGACCUACGACUAUGGUGCCCUGGAGCCCCACAUCAAUGCAGAAAUAAUGCAGCUGCACCACAGCAAGCAUCAUGCUACGUAUGUCAACAACCUCAACGUAACGGAGGAGAAAUAUCAGGAGGCGCUUGCAAAGGGAGAUGUGUCGACUCAGGUUGCCCUUCAACCUGCCCUCAAGUUCAAUGGAGGUGGCCACAUUAACCACACUAUCUUCUGGACUAACCUAUCUCCAAAUGGUGGAGGCGAACCACAGGGGGAACUAAUGGAGGCCAUCAAACGAGACUUUGGCUCCUUCCAGAAGAUGAAAGAGAAGAUGUCUGCCGCUACAGUUGCAGUGCAGGGCUCAGGCUGGGGGUGGCUGGGUUACGAGAAGGAGAGUGGGAGACUUCGCAUCGCUGCUUGCGCUAACCAAGAUCCUCUGCAGGGGACAACAGGUCUCAUUCCUCUCCUUGGUAUUGACGUAUGGGAGCAUGCCUACUACCUUCAGUACAAGAAUGUGCGUCCUGACUAUGUUAAGGCUAUCUGGAACGUAGUCAACUGGGAGAACGUGAGCGACCGUCUUCAGAUUGCCAAAAAGUAGAAGCCCAAUGCUCACACAUGCCUCACAAAUCAUUUUCAGUUCUGCCUACGCUGAGUAACAAAGUUCCUGUUCACGUUCAAGACAGGUCAGUGGUAUUAAAGUUGAUUAAAUUGGCUUUAAAACACUCUAAAUUGAUGCAACUUAUGCUGUCUUUAAAGUGUAUCACAGGUUGAAGCAAACAUGGGUUAUUUACAACUGCUUUUCAUCUCCGGUCUGUUCCUAACCACUUGACAUUUUUCAAAACGCGCACAAAUUAGUCACCUUUACUGUUAAAGCUGACUUUUGUUAUACGUGUAAUGGGUGGCAUACUAGAUGAGCAAACAUAUAUUGUGUGAGCUGUGUCUUUGUCAGAUUAAGUCACAAUAAAUACAAUGUUGUUGAAAACCCAUGUUUUUGAUGUAUUAUAAUAAAACUAUAAGAUUUAAAUUAUAAA